UUGGGGUUGGUGUUCUAUUGCAUCUCCAUGGCAACAGGAUACCAACAGCACGGGCAACAUGGCGGAAAAAGACAAAUAUAUACCCUCGCCUAAAAGAGUUUUUAUAAACAACGUAGACACAUACGCAUCGAAAUGCAUUGCCAAGCUCUUGUCUGAAUGUGUGGCUGAAGCACCUGUUGAUAACGAGGAAGCGAUGGGCCCCAGCGAUGCGAGAGCUUUUCAGAUCGUUGGAACAGUUAUUGACCGAACGAACGCGAACACACCGCGCAUACUGGAGAGCUAUUUUCAACCGGACAGGACGACGCUGCUUUCAAAGCUGAUGCACUGUGAUGUUGUUCUCUACAACAUUACCCAGCAUGCCGAUCAGGUGGAAGAAGCCCUCUGGGCUGUUUCAGCUCUCCACAAUGAAAUAGGUACUUUCUCUGCCCCAAAGAUGUUCAUUCUUGUCUCCACGGUGAUGACCUGGGCCUGCAGCAAGCCAGUUGAUCCUGAUGAUCUUGAGCUUCCUUUAACUGAUGAAAAUUUCACAAGCAGAAGACCACAUUUCUACUUCAAACAACACAUUGACUUAGAAAAGAGAGUAGUCAAAAUGGGCAAAACUAACAGAGCGCUGCUCUCCACCUAUGUGGUGGCGUCAGGACUUCAGUAUGGGAUGGGGGAACAGAUUUUCCACUGCUUUUUCAAGAAAUCAUGGCUGGGGCAUGAAAUAUCUAUCUUUGGAGAUGGCAAGAACAUUGUUCCCACAAUUCAUAUCAAAGACCUAGCAAGUGUGGUUCUGAAUGUGAUUGAACGUCAGCCCAGGCCAUAUUACCUGCUAGCUGUGGACUCUUCCAGAAACACGAUGGAGGAAAUUGUGAAGGUGGUUUCCACUGUUCUUGGACCAGGGAAGAUGCAGAAAAAGCCAUUUGAAGAAGCCUUCCUCAUACAGGACUUAAGUGUAAUGGAGACUUAUUCCAUGCUGGUCAACCUUCACAUGGAGGCUGCUUACAUCAAGAAACUGUUCUCUAUCAACUGGUUGUAUGAGUUUGGUCUGGUGGAGAACAUAGAGCUGGUGGUGGAAGAGUACCGGAGGACCCGAGGUCUGCUGCCUAUACGUCUGUGUGUACUGGGACCUCCUGCAGUGGGGAAAAGCAUGAUGUCCAAACAGAUCUGUGAACACUAUAAGCUCCAUCACGUCACACUGAAGGACACCAUCUCUGAGACCAUCUCCCAAAUGGAAGAUGCAAUGAAGCAUGGUGAUCCAAAUGCCUGGGACUCAGAGUCCCAGGAGCUGCUCACUAGCUUGAAAUACAGUAUGGAACAGAAUGGAGAUGUUUCAGAUGACCAGCUGAAAGUUUUGAAGGAUAAACUGAUGUCUAACCCGUGCAAAAACCAGGGUUUUGUUCUGGAUGAUUUUCCCAGAACAUAUGAACAAGCUAAAGAGCUCUUCCAUGCUGAAGAACAUGAUGGAACAUCUCAGAUGUCUUCAUUCAGCAAGACAUCUGUACCAGAGUUUGUGUUGUGCCUGGAUGCAUCAGACGCCUUCUUGACAGAUCGAGUGAUCAACCUGUCUGAAAGGCUGGUGAAGGAGUGCAACUAUGAGCCGGAGCACUUCAUGAAGCAGCUGGCCACAUACAGAGAGAGCAACUUGGAGGAAGAAACGGUUGUCAACUACUUUAUUGAGCUGGACAUCAUGCCUUUGUACCUUGAGAUCACCAGCAACGACGAACCUGACUGCUUGUUCCUGAUGCAGAAGAUCUUUAACACAGUGGGCCCUCCAAGGAAUUAUGGUCCUUACAGUCACGAGGUGGAGGCGGAAGAGAGGAGGAAAACUGAGGAGAGGAUGAGAAAAGAGGCCCAGGAAAAGGCAGAGGAGGAGCAGAGGGAGGCCGAAGAGGCCAGGUGUAGGGCUGCACGCUGGGAGGAGUGGUCUAAGAGUUUGGAGAAGGCAAAGCAACAGGAUGAGGAGCAGCUGGAGGCCCAGUCAGUCCCUAUGAGAAACUAUCUGAUGGAACACGUCAUGCCAACACUGAACCAGGGUCUCAUUGAAUGCUGCAGAGCUCAACCACAGGACCCUGUGGAAUUCCUGGCGGAGUACUUGUUCAAACACAACCCUUUUGACUACUCACAUUAAGAUUAUUUGUUGUCGGCACAUCCACAUAUGAUGUUCAGCUAAUACAAAAAUAAUUUUUUCUCUAAAUAUCUGUGUUUUUUUGGGAUACUAAGUCAAAUACAUGCAGCUUUUCUGUUAGAGGAAAACCCUCCUGGAGUUUGAGACUUGUCACAGUAUCAGUCAUCUCAUGCCAAGUGUCCCUCAGGUCAUGCUGGGAUUUUGAUUAGGUCUAAUUUGUAUGUGGCCCAUUCUUCUGCCCCUGUUGUAUUUAUACGCUGCUUUGUUUGGGCUCUUGUGUGCUGGCCAUUACUUAAAAGCACCCCAAAAUGCGGUUAAAAGUGUGUAUGGAGCCAAAAGCUAAUUAGGAAGUUAAUUUGCUUAAUGAACUUGGUAAACUCCAAAGUAGACACGCUCGUGUCAUAAUUGCUUUGAAUUGGCUUCAGAUAUCCAGGAAGGAUAAAUGUUACAAAUGGCAGCUAAUUUGUGGCUCUCUCAUGUUGCCACUCGCAACUCCAAAGUGUACAUAAUUGUUUGUGACAGAACACCACAUUAUUUCAUUGUACAUACGUAAUCACCGCAUGGGGAAAUUAGUUGGGUUUAUUUGGGAAACGUUGUGACGCAAACGGCUGCAAGACAAUUUGACUGCACCAUCUGUGAGUCCCAGGUACAAAUGCAACUUGGAGACGGUCCUACUGAAAGUGAAACACACAUUUUGACAAUAAAUAUGACACAAUACAAUAUC